AUGUAUCUGUGUUUCGUAUUGGUUUCGCUGGCGGUUCAGGGAAUAUUUUGUCAACGACACGCUACUUUUUCUCCAGGAUAUGAAGGGAAAUUUGCAAAAGAACGUCUUUCACCUAAUUACAGUGGCUUUGGCAUUGGCAUCGGGGGUCCAGCCUCAGUUAUAACUCCUGGAUCGGGCUUAGCCGCUGCCAAAGGCGGAGGACUAACCGUCACAAGCGCUUCACCAAUAGCACCAACUGGCCUGUCAAUACUCUCAGAGGGCUUAUCAAUUGACGGAGGAGCUGCGGCUGGAGGGAAUACCCCGUUUUCCGGAAAUGCUGUGCUUUUGAGUGACUUCUCAAAUGCGGGAUCGGCUGCAGUUAAUCACAAACGUUCUAACGGAGCUUUUAGUGCCUCUGAAGGUUUAAUAUCCAAAAGCUUAGGCUAUAAGCCGGGGUUAAGAAAUAUUGGAAUCAAAGGGCAAUAG